AUGGAUUAUAUUCAUAAAUCAGGUGCAAAAAAGAGAAAAGAACGAGACUUACGAGAAAAAGCUGCAAAAAAGGGGCAAACUACUCUUGACCAUGUAAGUUUUUUUACUAAACUCACUGAUUCUCCAACCUCUGUAAAUCAAGAAACUCUUCAAACAUUUCAAAAUUCUCCCAUCAUUCCUAGUACAAUAGUUGAUAAACUACAAACAUACCAAAAUCCAUCUAGCUCAACCAAAUCUGACCAACCGGGAACUAUUUGCUCUAUGUUAAUAACUAGUGCCGAAACAUUUACAAGCAUUAAUAUUGACGAGAAAAAAUCUAAAACUGUUAAUACUUUAUUUACAAUUACAGAUCCAAAACAUCCCGGCAGUUCUAAGCCUUACGAUUUUGACGUAGGACAGUUUGAAUUUUUAAUUUUAAAACAAGAUGAUAUAAGUCAGGCAGUCCUUCGUGGUCCUUCUCCCCACCCACCUUAUUUCCCAGAAGAUAAAGAAGGGCGUGCUUUUCCUCGUUCUGUUUUAACGUAUACACUUCAAAAUAAUGAAAAAAUAUGCAGAGAUUGGCUUGUAUGGAGUAAGAUUAAAAAAUCACUGUAUUGCUUUCCGUGUAGGUUAUUUAGUAAACUACCACAACCAAGUAGAUCAAUGUUGUCAACUCCUGAAGGAUACUCUGCAGACAACAAGUGGAAAAAAUUACAUGAUAGAAUAACACCUCAUGAAAACAGUGUCAAUCACAAAAUGUGUUAUGUAGAAUGGCGUUGUCUGGAGUCUCGUAUAGAUAGUAAAACAACUGUAGACAUGUUGCUGUGUGAUAAUAUAAAAAAUGAAGCAGAUAGGUGGAGACAAAUUUUGCGCCGAAUUUUAGAUGUAGUGAUUUUUCUAGGAGAACGAGGCCUAUCAUUUAGAGGGGACAGUCAUCUUGUAGGGAACCCACAUAACGGUAACUUCUUAGGUAUUCUAGAGUUAUUAAGUAAUUAUGAUCCCUUGUUGAAAGAGCAUAUGAGUAAAGUCAGAGAGUCUCAGUCAACUCAUAGCCGUAUGCAAGUACACUACCUUUCCCCUGACAGUCAAAACGAAUUUAUUAAAUGUUGUUCUAACCAUGUUACACAAGCUAUUUUGAAAGAAAGAGAAGAUGCUAAGUACUACUCAAUUAUUGUAGAUGCAACUCCAGACUCAUCUCAUCGAGAACAGACCGUAUUUAUAUUGAGAUAUCUGACUUUAUGUUCCACAGAUCAGAGUUCUGAGUAUGAAGUACAAGAACGUUUUCUUGCUUUUGUAGAUUGCAACAAAAAAACCGGUGAGGCAAUAGCAGAGCUUAUCCGGAGUACUCUAGCUGAGCAUCAUAUUCUACUAAGUGAUUGCCGUGGUCAAGGAUAUGACAAUGGUAGUAACAUGAGUGGACAGUAUAAAGGUGCGCAGAGUCGAAUUAUGAAAGAAAAUUCUCUAGCUCUUUUUUCACCAUGUGCCUGUCACAUUCUAGCCCUCAGAGAUGGGAAAUCUUGCAAGGACAUCUGA